GAUGCUCUGGAGCUGCACUUGGAAGGUAGCUGAAGUCGUAAGCUGUUGUCGCUUCCUGAACAGGUCUUUUGGCUACCAAGUCAUCAUGUUUCGCUGUGCGUUUUUGAUUUUGUUCCUCGCUCUUGGAAAUGAACUCCAUCUAUCACAUGGGACUGAAGUGUCAGUCAACAACACGGAGAACAAAUUAUGCCUCUACGCCAAUUUGAUGGUCAACUUCUCAGUCGCAUAUGAAGUUGGCGUAAAUAAGAGUGAAACUGUUAUUUUGGUACUGCCUGAAAAUGUGACAACCGAAGGGAGCGCCUGUGAUAACACAACAUCGACAUUGAAACUCAGUUUUGGAGAUGGGCACAGUUGGACAGUGGAUUUCACUAAAAAGAACCAAACCUACCAAGUAGAUACCAUUGUCUUCUCCUACAAUCUCAAUGACUCAAGCAUCUUCCCCAACUCUACAUCAAAAGAAACCAAGUCUGUGACGGUAAAGUCAAUUAUCACCAACGUCAGUGUGGACACCUACUACUCCUGCAAGAGUGCAGAUGUCCGGACAGUAGAGGCUGUCAUUCAGACACUGUAUGAUGUUGCUCUACAGGCGUUUGUGAUUAACGGCAGCAAAAGUGACACCGACACCAUAUGCUCCGCUGACAUGACCUCCACCACUGUGGCGCCCACCACGACCGUUACCACCACAGCUGCCCCCACUUCUACCCCUACACUGCCCACGCCCACUACUGGAAAGUACAGCAUCGCAACCGACGUCAACAGCACAGCCUGCCUGAUGGCCACCUUCGGCCUACAGAUCGGCUACAAGCAAGGAGAUAAAGAGGAGACCAUCAACCUGGUGCCCAAUAUGACUGAAGUGGGCGGAGCCUGCCGGUCCAACAGCAGCGAUCUCAAGUUGACAUCGGAUACAAUCACCAUCAUGUUCACGUUCAGCAACGACGGCAAGAAGUUCCAACUGCACGCUCUGAAUGUCACAGUGAUACCAGCCACUGGGGCUCCCGUCGUUGCAGUCAAUACCAACAUGUCCAUUUGGGCAGCGGCGGUAGGAAGCUCCUACAUGUGCAACAAGGAGCAGACCUUAAACGUCACCGACACGCUCACACUCUACACGUUUGAGCUUCGCGUCCAGCCCUUUGAAGUCAACAAAGGCGAAUUCGCUACAGCCCAUGAAUGUUCACUGGAUGACACCAGCAUCCUAAUCCCUAUCAUUGUUGGUGCCGCCCUGGCUGGCUUGAUUCUCAUUGUAGUGAUUGCUUACGUGAUUGGUCGUAGGAAGACCUAUGUGGGAUAUCAGACCCUCUAAAAGCAAUCUGUGAUCAUGAAUCUGUGAUAAUUAAUCAAGAACACCGAUCCUUGUGUGGGGUGGCGGUCCCAAAGCCUGGUCUUGAGCUUAGUCUAGCUUUUCUAGACUUGAGCUUAGUCUAGCUUUGCUUAGGUGUAGACUUGAGCAGCUUUAUUCAGGUAAACGUGAAGACUCAAAAUGCUCUCCAGGACCAGGUUCGACUGUCAUACCCCGUUUAUUUGUUUGAUUUCCGUUUUGUUUGAUUUGCUUAAUCUUUUUUUUUUUUCUGUUGUAAAGGAGCAAGUGCAGGAUUAUUUGACCUCUGUUAGCCAGUGCAAUUUUUUGAAACCUUUGGAAGCAGUAAAGGCCUUAUUUAUUGAAAAUUCUCAGUGAUUGCACCUGACCCAUCUGACAUUACUUGCCGGAGGCUUCUCAUUCAGGGUAGGGACGCUUUUUAUGAAGUAGCACAUUUCAUAGAAACACCAGUUAAAGUCUUUGUGCUACAGUUUGCACAUUUUCACGAGGAGCUGUGACAAUUGGGGGCUGUGCCCUUUUUCACUAUGAAUCAUGCACUUGCUCCCUCCCUUUGACAUACCUUUUUUUGUUUGUUCUUAUUGAAUUUGUGUAUUUUCAUUCAACCUUUCUUUUGUGGUUUUAUUCAUCCUCACAAUUCAUUGUAGCAGUGCACCAUUUUGACUGACUUGAACAUUUCACAUUUGCCUCGCUGCUCAAUGAGACAUCAUUGAGUAGCUUUGUUGAUUUGGCUCAGGAACUCUUUUACGAACUAACCAGGAUCAAGGUCUGCUGCUUUGCGCUCCUUGCUCUUUCAGCUCGUUACUGAUCAUCCACUAGUCGGUCAUUAGUUUGAAUUGGGAGAUGUGACUUUUUGACUGAAAUGUGUGGCCACAACUCGGGUAAAAAGAAAAGGUGGUAUUGCUGGCAUAUAGUUCCGUCUCUAAGUUGAUUUGACAAAACAAGGCAUCCGUCAUUUAUAUUCACGCACAGCAGUACUUGACGUAUGGUUGCCACCAAUGUCAGUCUGACUUUGACUGACUGGCUCACAUUGUGUAGUGUGAAAUCUACCAAGUGUUUAAUAAACUUUGAAAAGUCCAUGCCUAGUUUGAGGAUGUAAAAGACAAACCAGAAAAGAAAGGUAACACAAAACCCCUCCUGUCAUUACAUGUUGGCGUUAGGUUUUUAAAAAAGGGAUAGCUCUGAUUAUUUGUGGUCAUUCAACCCUAUUCUUCACAGGUGGUGAUUUUUUUUAUACAUUUAAAUGCACUAAAUUGUUCAGUAAGUUUGACAUAAUGUGUGCUGCAAUGUUACACCUGUGUAUAUUAUAGCUGUUGCUGUGGUGUUGCUCCCGAAAGCUGCCACUUAGUAAGGGGGCACUUGUGACCACGGCUGGGGUCUAUUCCAUUUCAAUUAAUAAAUUCUAAUUCCAAUUUGCCUCACCGCUUUUUCAUGACCGCUUUUUCAUGAGGAAAAUUUGAAUUAUAAUUUCAGCUUACUUCCUGAAUUGACUUAAAUGAAAUGGAAUUGACUCUAACCCUGCCUAGUUGACCGCUUGUAAGUUGCACCAAGCGAUCGAGUAGGAGAAAGGAUGAUUGUCCACAGGAUUUGCAGUACAUGUGUAUAUUGUCGUACUGUUAUGACAGGUGAAAAUGGGUAGUUGCUGUGUAUUAUCGCUUUGUCCUAGUGAGAUGGUCUGCAUGAGACAUGAAGAAAUUUGAUUGCUGCCUUUAAUUUCUGUUGAUCAAUCAGUCACCCCCAAAACAUUUAAGAUGCUGUAUAUGUGAAUGAUUUGCUUUUUUUUCCUUUUCAAAUAUAUUAUUGAUUAUUGUUUUUACAUUCCAGUGUGUUGUCUUGGAAAAUUGACUGCUUUUGUACAAAUUCUGUUUGUUACUUUGGUUUUUAAAUUGUGUUUUUUUUCUUGACCGCGUCAACAAUCAGUUCUAAAAUACAAUUUUGAAAACAUUUACUAUAUCCAAUUUUCAUUCACUUGACAUGAUCAAAUGUAAUGAUUGUGACAAUUUUGUGCCUUGCUCAACGAAGCAGCUCCAUUUUGAGAUUCAAUCACGUUUGAUUACAUUUACAUUAAUGAAUCGGAUUAUUUGGCUCUUUUUUUCUCUCCUAGUUUAUGAAUUCAUAAAGCAGCAUGUUAAGAAACGGGAAAUCACAGGACAGACCCAUUCUUCAAAUUAAGAUACGCUGAACACCUUUCUAAUAUUUUUUUUUACUUUAGAAAGGCCUCAAUUAAUCUGGGCAUGGACUGGCUCAACAAGGUGUCGAAAGCGUUCAACCGGGAUGUUGACUCCAUGUUGACUCCAUGUUGACUCCAUGUUGACUCCAUGUUGACUCCAUGUUGACUCCAUGUUGACUCCAUGUUGACUCCAUGUUGACUCCAUGUUGACUCCAUGUUGACUCCAUGUUGACUCCAUGUUGACUCCAUGUUGACUCCAUGUUGACUCCAUGUUGACUCCAUGUUGACUCCAUGUUGACUCCAUGUUGACUCCAUGUUGACUCCAUGUUGACUCCAUGUUGACUCCAUGUUGACUCCAUGUUGACUCCAUGUUGACUCCAUGUUGACUCCAUGUUGACUCCAUGUUGACUCCAUGUUGACUCCAUGUUGACUCCAUGUUGACUCCAUGUUGACUCCAUGUUGACUCCAUGUUGACUCCAUGUUGACUCCAUGUUGACUCCAUGUUGACUCCAUGUUGACUCCAUGUUGACUCCAUGUUGACUCCAUGUUGACUCCAUGUUGACUCCAUGUUGACUCCAUGUUGACUCCAUGUUGACUCCAUGUUGACUCCAAUGCUUCCCACACAAUUUUGUCAUUCCCUUUCACCCACUGAAUGGCACACAUACACAAUCGAUGUCGCAAGGCUAAAAACCGGUCUCUUUCGUCUACACUGGUUGAUUUGAAGUGGAUUUAACAAGUGACAUCAAUAAGGAUCAUACUUUUAAUCUGGAUUCACCUGGUCAGUCUGUCAUGGAAAAGCAAGGUGUUCAUAAUGUUUAAACUCUGUGUACAUUCUUUUCUUCUGUGGCGGUGAACAAUGUUAAUUUUUGAAUUCCUUUUCAAUAGGCUUUUAGCUGCAAUAAAUGGGAAUGGAUGUUGUGCAUAAACUGGCGUGGACCAUUUUUAAUAUUUUACAAUAUUAUUGGUCCCCCGGACGUUUUAGUAAAUCCCUCCUUUGUUUUCCAACUAUUCUUGCCUGAGAAGUGUCUAUGAUUGACCAUGCAUUCACCAUUUUGAUGUUUUACUUUUCUUCCACCCUGCAACCCCCCCCCCCCCCCCCGUGCCCACUUUCUUUACUGUCAUCCAGCGGAGGAUUGCCAAGAUGAUACGACAGAGAGCUGGCUUGUUCCUAUAGCGGUCGGGGUUGCCUUGACUUUACUGGUCCUCAUUGUGUUGGUUGCCUAUUUCAUUGGAAGAAAGCGAAACCAGGGCACUGGCUAUGAGCACUUCUAAAUUAUCUUCACUAUGCUGAGGCUAUAACUUCGGUCUUCUGGAUAAUUGUUGAUUUAAUUUGACUAAUAUACUGUGCAGAGUUUACUUAAUGGUGAAAUUCACCGGCUGGAAAGCUCUUUCUCAUGAAACAAUGACUUGGAGAAGCGGCUGUGUUAACGAUGGCAUGUAACAGCUGUGUGUGUAAUUAAAAUGUAUUGAUUUUGAUUGACAUCUUAUAUUCCUCAUCACAUGGUUGUCUAUAUAGAUGGCUGAUGACAAUGUUUUCCUAAUUGCAAUUAAUGCCCAUACUUUGACGGACCCCGAUGAGUAUGUCUUGGUUCUGAACUUGCUGCUUUUAAAAAAAUUCUAAUUUCUUCCAUGUCUGUGAAGGACUAACUCUGGUCUUUUCUGCUGACUAAUCACUAGCAUGCUAUCAUUGCUAACCCUUCUUCUCUGUCUCUUCUCUGUGGCAGCCGUGGAGUGCUUCAUGGACUCUGAUUUGAGCUUUCUGGUGCCCAUUGCUGUGGGCGUGGCCCUCAGCUUCCUAAUCAUCCUUGUGCUUAUCUCUUACCUGAUUGGCCGCAGGAAGAGUCGCACUGGCUACCAGUCUGUAUAAUCCAACCAAUCACAGCUGCUUUUGCCUCUACCCAUUCCCUCAUCCUCCAAACCCCUCACAACAUGUUCCCUGUUGCCUCCCCAUCCCCAAAGCUUCUAUGGCAUCCAAAUGUUUCUUUCCAUUUCCCAUUGGUCUUUCCUUGAUGUUACCCUCGGCAAAUUCUCUUUUCACACUCCUACCCUAAUUCUUACCCCACCCAACAGUUCUUUUUGAAGUCCUUUUCGUAUGACUGAAGUCAUCAAGCAACAAAACCUGUCAAAAUGAUCAGUGGUUUUACACCAAGUGUGUUUGGAUGUAAAUUGCAUGGAGUAUCAUGGCUCCUCUUAAUAACAGGGCAUCCGUUGUUUAUUCCCAGAGGUUCAUAUGAACGAGGUUGCUUUCUCACACUGUUCUGUUGAUAUCCUGUAUUAUAUUUGUGUACAUUUUAAUUGCUCUCUUGUAUAGAAUGUUCAUUUUUUAUGAAUAGAGAUGUCAAAUUAUACUGAGAAAAUAUUGAAAGCGCAUAAAAAUUUAGAGCCAAUGUUAUAUCUAAGUAUCCAUUGGUAAAUCUUUACAGAAUUAGAAAAUGCCAUUUAUUUUUAUGAAUUCCCUCAUUAAAUUAGCAGAUUCUUAAUUGUGAUUGUACCCCCUGCACUUAUUUCUCUUAGUCGUAGUACAAUAAAAGGGUUUUAACUAGAAUGGAUACAGCUUUUGUCAGAUUUGACUUUUCAUGGCAGGUUAGGAGAAUUAGGUUAAGGUUAGGAAAUUGUAUUCCUUUCUAGCCAUGACCCAAUGAAAGGGACACUAACUUUUUGAAGACAUAGCUACUAACCAGCAUUUGGAGCAGUUGCGUAAAUGUCAUUUUGAUGUUUGUAUUUUCACUGUUACAAAGUCCCCUCGGAAAGGAGGAUGAUGGCAUAGUCUUGGGUCUGGUAUCAGAAAUGGCCCAGUUAAGAAAUCUACAACGAACUGGGUCAUGUUCAGUAGGGAGAAUGUUUUGAAACUUUAUAAACCGUGAGGUACCGCCUGAACAAUAGAUUCUGUUGCAACCCUUUUUGCUACCGCGUAUCCUUCUGAACGCAACCCAGGCCUCAUAAAAGGAAGUAUAAGAAUUGACCAAAAAUUAUUUUAUGACCAAAGCCUGGACAGGAAGGAAACUCCUUUCUGAACCUCCCCAUCUCAGAGCAGGUAAAUUAACAGCCACUUUUUUUUGUUUUUUUUUUGUUUUGUUUUUUUGAAAAAUAGUCAAAUUAAUUUGUGUUUUGACCAAGGAUUCUAUUUCCUUUCUGUUCUUGUAUCAUGCUCAUUAUUCGGUGUGAACUUCUGUUUUGUACCGAUACUUAUGAUUAUAAUGAUCCUGGUUAAGUUUGCCUCUAAGAUGUGGUUUUGUGCCUUUUUGUUGCACUACUAUUCCCCUCAUAACCAAGUCUGUCUCUUAUUUCAUGACGAUUGUGAAAUGAUGUAAGCUCGUUGAACUAAAGUUGAGGGAAACGUUUAAAUAAAGUUGCUUUCCUGUUUUGUAGCAAUUUGCUGACUCCUAUUUCAUUAACCACCUUCGGUGUUCUCCUUUCCUUUUUUUUGCGCUUGUUAAACCACAAGGACAUCACUCGUGACUGGCAUUAUCUCUGUGUAUACAGUUGUAAAACUGGCAGUGUUAGGUAAAAAAAAACUGCAAUAUUCAGGCCCAAAGAUGAGACUUUGGUCAGGAUCAUGACUGUAUAAUCUCAAAUAGCAUAAUGGCGUCAUGAAUGUUACCUCUUCAACGACUCUCUGUGCAUUCAGUAAGUAUUCAGACCCUUCUUAAAGGUGGUUGGAAUUUAAGACAGCUGAUCAUAUUAACGUUACCUGGCAGAUAAAUCCCUAAAUAUUUUGGCAAAAUUUAGUUAAAUCAAUGUAUUGUCGAAUAAAAUGGUCAAAGCCAAUACAAGGUUCGUGACAAAAUUAGAAAAGUAUUUCUGUUGAUAAAAGUUUAUUUCUCAACCAACUUAAUUUGGGGAAAAUAUGAAAUGCCAAAAGUGGCCAUUGUAAAAUCACCCAUAUAUUCUCUAUAGGUUCUGAUCAAAAUUUGUGCACUAUAAAGGGAAUAGGGUGUCAUUUGGGAAACCGUCCCAGUGCUGUGUGGUGGGUGCAGUCAUCACUGGUAUGUUGGUAGCUGCCCAAGUUCAUUCUCCUUUUAAGGUCACAUGAGCCUGUCCCUAUGGACCUCAACAUAUUAUAAGAGAACAAUGGAUACAUGUACAGUUUAUCUCUUAUGGAUUGGUCAGCCCAUUCUCUUAUGGAAUACACCAGGAGGUGCCGGUUCUGCAAGUACCAGAAUUGGCUAAAUGUGGAAGCUAAACUGUCCUCUAGGGGCAACCUGAGCACCUAUUUCCAUCUAGUAGGCUUGUGUUUAAUCUGUUGCGUUUAAACUGCAGACCUCUGCCUAGAUCACACCGACAGUCAUUAUGCAAAAUGGUACGCAGCAUCAUCUGGAUAGGUGUGCUACAAAAUGUGUGCCACAUUCACCUUCUGCUACCAUUUCGGCCAAGCCUUCUAUGCAAAGUUUGAUGCAUACGUUUGAUAAAUCCAGCGUAUGCCACACACAGAAUGCACUGCAACUGCCUCUGCAACGCAAUGCUGCAAGGCAAACACAGCGUUACAUUGGAAAUGAAUGUACUUCUGGUGUACCAAAAUGCAAUGAUGCAGUCGGUGUGAUCGAGGCGUCAGGCUCUGAGAGUUGUGUUUAAUCCUAGUGCUAGACACUUGUUUUUUGUUGUUUUAAGUCUUUCCAAACGUUAACCCUUAAUUUAACCACUCAGAAUAAAUACGUGAACUUAAGUUUAACUGUAUCUGUGUUAGUGUUGUUUUACGCAUCAGUAAGCCUCUCAAAUAAACAAUGUCAUUUGAUUUGA